AUGGCUCGCCUUUAUGAUGCCAUUGAACCUGAAGUUGUAUCGAUGGUAAUGCUUGAAGAAGCUGUUGAAUCCUUGAGGGCUGACGGUGAAAAUUUAUUAAUACCAAAAGAAGGAAAACUCGACUAUAGUGAAGUACAAGCAAUUCGAUUAGAUUUUAGAAAUAUUCUACGUAUUGAAAAUUUAUGGAUGUUUACAAAUCUAACAAAACUUCAAAUGGAUAAUAAUAUUAUCGAGCGAAUUGAAGGUUUAGAUACACUUCAAAAACUGACAUGGCUUGAUCUAUCGUUCAACAAUAUCACAAGGAUCGAGGGUCUUGACUCUUUGACAGAAUUAACCGAUUUAUCAUUGUACAAUAACAGAAUUAAAGUCAUCGAAAAUAUGGACAUAUUGAAAAAAUUAGACGUAUUUUCAAUUGGAAAUAAUCAAAUCGAGGACGAAAAUAGCAUACGGUAUUUACGGCGUUUUUCUGGUUUACGUACAUUAUGUUUAAAAGGCAAUCCAUUUGCAACCAAACCAAAUUAUUAUGAGUUUGUUAUCUCUCAUUUACCACAAAUAAAUUUUCUGGAUUAUAAACUUAUUGAUGAUGCACCGAGAGAAGAAGCGAGCAAAAAAUAUGAAAUUCAACUUCAACAAUUACUUACAUUAGAAGAACAAGAACAUGAAAAACAAGGGAAAUUAGAUGAGCAAACAAAAAAAUAUCAUCUCUACAAAGAUGCAUUUGUUGAAAAUAUGGAUGAAAAUCAAUUAUUUGCAACAAUGUUUAAAGAAGAUGUUGAAGGCUUGAAAUUAGUGAAGGUACCGGGUGCUGAUGAGAUUUUAACACAAUUUGAACAAAAAUUUAGUACAAUUGUUAGAGCAAUGUUCGAUUCCGGACUUCGAGAAAAAGAGUUACGUGAUAGAGAAAUUGAAGACUUUUGGGCAUGUAUCAAUGAAGCAAAAGAUGAAAAUACGAGAAAAGCAGCGGUUGUUGUGGAAGAAUUUAAAAUAUAUCGAACGAAAGUAUUUGAUAAAAAGCAACUACCCUUCAAAAGUUGUUGA